AUGGCCGGUAACCCUUCCGAGACUCCCACCGACGAUUUCCUCCAGGAAAUCCUCGGCCUCCAGAGCUUCGCCUCCGCCGACCCUUCCCUCGUUGGCGCCGAUGCCCUCUCCGCUGCUGCCUCCACCCAUGCUCCCAUGUUUCUCCAGCUCAGUUCCGGCGACCCCUCCGCCGCCGGGAUCAACGCCCUAACCGGCUCCUCCCACGGUGAUGCCGCCGGUUUCCAGGGUUUCCCACUGGGGCUCAGCUUGGACCAAGGAAAGGGAGGGUUUCUCAAGCACGAGGAUGCCUCUGGAAGCGGUGCUAAGCGGUUCCGAGACGAUGUCCUUGACGGCAGAGUUGCCAUGUCCAAAAAUGUUUUUCAUGGUCAACCAAUGCCCACAACUGUACCUGCUGCCGCCCCUCAUCCUCCAACAAUGCGUCCAAGGGUCAGGGCAAGAAGAGGGCAGGCUACAGAUCCACACAGCAUCGCUGAGCGUCUGCGCAGAGAAAAAAUAGCAGAAAGGAUCAGAGCAUUACAGGAGUUGGUGCCUAGUGUCAACAAGACAGAUAGAGCUGCGAUGCUCGAUGAAAUUGUGGAUUAUGUGAAGUUUCUCAGACUUCAAGUUAAGGUUCUGAGCAUGAGUCGGCUGGGUGGAGCUGGCGCAGUUGCACCACUUGUAACGGAGAUCCCACUAUCUUCAGUUGAGGAUGAAAAUGGUGAAGGUGGGAGAAGUCAACCCGCGUGGGAGAAGUGGUCCAACGAUGGUACAGAGAGACAAGUAGCCAAACUCAUGGAGGAAAACGUUGGUGCCGCCAUGCAAUUCCUUCAGUCAAAGGCUCUCUGCAUCAUGCCCAUCUCCCUGGCAUCGGCCAUCUACCACACGCAGCCACCGGAUCCUCCAGCCACUGUUAAACCAGAAACAAACCCACCAUCGUAG